CUCUCCUCUCCUCUCCUCUCCACAGCAGCGCGUCUCUCACACCGCGCCUUUGGAUACCGUGUGACACCACCAGCACUACGCGGAGAAAACCGUCCGGCAAACCGCCGUCCAGCACAGCAAACAAAUAAAAUAAAGCCCAAACGAUGACCUUCUUACAGAUACGACAGAAGCAAACAGUUAUUUGACAACUUCCGACCCCCACACCUUGCCUUCGCCGCUCCUUGCUGUAAGCGCCCCGCUCCAUCUCCGCGGUCCCGCCCCCCCCCCCCUCCAGCGGGACCAUGAUGCUCAGCAGCUCUGUGGAGGUGCCCAGCCCGGGCGGGAUGAGCGGCCUCGGCGGGCUGAGCGCGGCGGCUCGGAACGUGGUGCGCUCCUCCAGCAUCUCGGGGACCAUGUACAGCCUGGAGAAGAGUCCGGGCGGCGGGGGCCCGGACUCCACGUCAUUGGCCGGCAACAAGAAGCGGCGCUCCAGUCUGGGCGCCAAGAUGGUGGCCAUCGUGGGGUUGUCGCAGUGGAGCAGGAGCACGCAGCAGCUCAACCAGCAAGACGGCGGGACGAAGAAGCUUCGCAGCACCAUCCGACGGAGCACGGAGACCGGCAUCGCGGUGGAGAUGAGGAACCGAGUGACACGGCAGGGCAGCAAGGACUCAACUGACGGCAGCACCAACUCAAAUAGCUCUGAUGGAACGUUUGUCUUCCCCACCACACGCCUGGGGCCUGAGAGCCAGUUCAGUGACUUUCUGGAUGGACUAGGCCCCGCUCAGAUUGUCGGCCGGCAAACACUAGCUACACCCCCCAUGGGGGAUGUCCAUGUAGGCAUGGUAGAUAGAGGAGGGCAGCUGGAGGUGGAGGUCAACCAGGCCAGACGGUUGACCCCCAAACCGGGCUCCAAGAACAUACCAGCGACCUACGUGAAGGUGUAUGUGCUAGAGAAUGGCCUCUGCUUGGCCAAGAAGAAAACCAAAGUAGUGAAGAAGAAUCUGGACCCCACCUACCAGCAGGCUCUGUUGUUUGAUGACAGUCCUCAGGGCAAAGUCCUACAGGUAAUAGUGUGGGGGGAUUACGGGCGUAUGGACCACAAGUGCUUCAUGGGAAUGGCCCAGAUCCUUCUCGAGGACUUGGACCUGUCUGCCACAGUCAGCGGCUGGUACAAGCUGUUCCCUACCUCCUCUCUGGCAGAUCCCAGCAUCGGACCCCUCACCAGACGCCUCUCCCAGUCCUCCCUGGAGAGCGCCACCAGCCCCUCGUGCACCUAGACACCUAGUAGACACCCACAAUGCACGGGCACAGGCAGAGUCAUGCAGACACGGACACACGUACUGUAUAUACACAACGACUGUAAGUGCAAGACAGUUAGGCAUACACAUACACACAUAAAUACUCCUGUGCGGUCUGUGGAGGAAGACACAGUUGACGUAAAAUUGCAAAUACCUGAUCUCGUCCACAUGAGUACACACACACCGACACGCUGCCAUAUCCUUCACCACGUCCAUAUUCUCACACACUAGAUUUGCUUUGAGAAAGCAAAGCAAAUUCAACUUGAAGUAGACUUAAUUUAC